AUGGAAAACAAAAUUGAAUAUGUAGUAGAGUCACUUAGUCAGCUUUAUUCUAAACUAAAGGAACAAAGAACGACAGAAUCCAAAGAUCUGCAAGUUUUACCAGCAGAUUUCAGAAGUAAAGGACAAUUCCAAAAAAUCCCAAAAUUAAUUAUUAGGAAUAUAUUUUUAUUUCUAGAUUUCCACAAUGACAUUCCAUCGCUAUACGAAACUUGCUAUUUGUUUAAAGAAAUAAUUGCUUCGAGGCAUUUUCAAGCAGGGAUUGUCUAUAUAAUGAGCCGGAAACCUAUUAAGCAAAGACAGCCAAGCCAACCUUCAAUGAUUCCUCCAAUAAUUCCUCCGAAUGAGUCUGACAAUAUCCAACUUCAAGCUGAAUCUCAAGUUUUCACUAACUCCCUCUCCAUUUUUUAAAAAUUUAUAUAUAAACUUUAUAAUAAUUUUUUCAAAGAGUCCCAUUCCGAAAUAAAUUUAAAGCAUAAAUAUUAAUUUAAUUCGUAAAGUUUUUGACUUAAAAUGCAAGCUAUUUUAAGCUAGAAUUAGCUAGAGAUUUCAUUAUGAUAAUUAUCACUUAUAUAUCAAAGUAUUUUCGAAAAACAAAUGAUAUAAAAAUUUUUUUGUUCUCUCACAUAGGGUGGAAGUAAAGAAGCUGCUUUAAUUCAGCUAAAAACAGCAAAUGCAGUCAAGGAUUUUCUUGCAAAUAAAAUUGUUUCACAAGACAAAACGAUUGACAAGCUAAAAAAAGAAUUGGAAAAAACAAGCGAUGAGCUCAGAAUUCAAAAGCAGAUCAAUGCGAAAACGAUGGCCAAAGUGUCAGGAUUUCAGGAAAAAUAUUCCACUGAGAAAAAAUCAGCAACAGAUGCCAUAAUAAAAAUUGAGGAACUAACUGAGAAGCAUCAGAUUGAGGUUGAUAGACUGAGAAACGAGAUCAAUAAAUGUCAGAAUGAGCAGCUGGAAUUAAAGAAGCACAAAGCGGCGCUAAGAGGAGAAGUAAUUAGGCUAAGGAAUGAGUAUCAAGAAUGCACACAAAAGCUUAUUCAGUAUGUAGAUGGAGUAUCCAAAAUGAAGAGCUACUUUGAAGCAAUGUUUUCACCUAAGAUUGCAGAAGUAGCAAAGAACAUUGAAAACACCAAUAAUAUAUUAAACAGUUAA